CUCCGGUAUUCCUCUCUUCACCACCUGGCUUGACAUUGUCAGCACAUAUAUAAAACAUGAAUACUGAUAAAGAAAAGCGCACUCAACUGACAUUUGGUGAGGACGUUCGUCGUCGUUCUGGAGUCACCGAAGGAACUCAUCACAAUAUACCUGUCGAAUUUCGCACUCUAUCUAUUCAUGUCACUGAUUCCAUCCAUGUCCCUAACGACAAGAGCAAGAACAAAGAAAAGGAAUUGGACGAUUCAGAAUACUUUGCUUCCAUGGAGUUUCAUAAAUUGACUACGGAAGAAGUCGUCCAACGCUUCAAUACCUCUGAUACUGUUGGCUUGGACACUUCGGCAGCUGAAAACAGAUUGAAGCGAAAUGGUCCUAAUGUGCUGGUUCAGCGCAAACCAAACUAUGUCAAGAAAGUUCUGGGUUAUGUUUUUGGUGGUUUCUGUUCUGUUCUUUGGAUUGGAGUCAUCACCUUCUUCCUUUGCUGGAUGCCUCUGAGUACUCCUCCAGUCAGUCCUGGCGGAAGCCCAAGUGUUGUCAAUCUUGCUCUCGCUAUUCUUGUUAUCAUUGUCAUCUUUCUUCAAGCUUCCUUUUCCGCUUUCCAAGACUGGUCAACUUCUCGCGUUAUGAACUCCAUUCUCAACUUACUUCCGUCAGAAUGUCUAGUUAUUCGCAGUGGAGUCCCCACUAAAAUGACAGCAAGCAACCUCGUUAUUGGAGACGUUGUCCAGAUCAAGUUGGGUAACAAGGUUCCUGCCGAUCUCCGACUUAUUCAAGUUUCUAGCGAUCUUAAAUUCGACCGUGCCGUCCUUUCUGGCGAGAGUGAACCAGUUGAAGGUACCAUUUCCAUGACAGACGAAAACUUCUUGGAAUCCAAAAACAUCGCUUUGAUGGGAACCCAUGUAGUUAAUGGAAGCGGUCUAGGUGUCGUUGUCCUAACUGGUAACAAUACAGUCAUGGGAAGAAUCAACAAACUGACCACUGCUGCAAAGGAAAAAGUUACUUUGAUCCAGCAAGAGAUUUCUCGAUUCGUUAGAAUUAUCGUUUGCUUGACCUGCGUUCUUGUAUCAAUUCUUCUUAUUGAAUGGCUUGCUUUCCUCCGUCCAAAACAUCCAGACUUCCAAAACGUUGUUGCAUUGUUGAUGAACUUGAUGGGAUGCGUUGUUGCCUUCAUUCCAGAGGGUAUGCCCGUUGGCGUUGCUAUGACCAUGAUGAUGAUUGCACGCCGUAUGAAACAAAACAACAUUCUCCCUAAAGCUCUUACCACGGUCGAAACUCUUGGCUGCGUUACUGUCAUUUGCUCUGAUAAGACUGGAACCCUCACACAAAACAAAAUGUUCGUAACCUCUAUUGGCUUCGAAGACUCUGAAUGCACUCCUGAGGAAUGCAGAGACAGAAUGGUACAGGAUAAAGCAUCUCCUACCGCCGCUGCCUACAAAAAGCUUCACCUUGCUUCGCUAUUCUGCAAUAACUCCACCUUCGAUGCUUCUACUUUGAACUUACCUAUCUCUGAUCGACUUGUCAAUGGCGAUGCAACUGAUGCUGCAAUUCUUCGAUUAUCUGCUGAACUCGGCAACACUGAACAAGUAGCCAAAGAAUUCGUCCGUACUUUUGAAAUCCCCUUCAACUCCAAGAAUAAGUGGAUGCUGACCAUGUAUCAAGCUGCUGAAGACUCCAAAGCCAUGGAAAAAGUUUACGGUGGAAGUGGCAAGCAGUCUUUGGUUUUCGUCAAAGGUGCUCCUGAUAUUCUUUUACCAAAGUGUACUUCUGUUCUCUCCUCGGCUACCAACACUGUUAAAUCUUUGACUGCUGAAGUCAUUUCUCGCUUGAAUGCUACUCAAGAAUCUUGGGCUGGUAAAGGACAACGUGUCCUCCUGCUUUGCAGUCGCUUUUAUUUGCCAUCAAGUGCAUUGGGAUCAAAUGAACUUCAAGACGAAAUAGUGCGCAACGCUGUACAAGAUCUGACUGUUAUCGGCCUUGUCGGUAUUAUGGACCCACCUCGUCCCGAAAUCCUUCAAACUGUUGCUGACUGUCGCCGAUCAGGCUCUCGAUUCUUCAUGAUUACUGGUGAUUUUGGACUAACCGCCGCUGCUAUCGCUCGUCAAAUUGGAAUUUUCACCACUACCAGGGAUCCCGAUACGUAUACUGAUGUAACCAAGUCGGAUGCUGCCGAUGAAAAGUUCGAAGGUGUGACCAGUCUACUCUUGACUGGAAGUGAUCUUCUUAAAUUUGGUGAUAUCGAAUGGGAUAUCGUGGCUAAAUAUGAAGAAAUUGUUUUUGCUCGUACUACACCAGAACAAAAGCUCAGGAUUGUCAAGGAACUUCAAAAGCGUGAAAAUGUUGUGGCCGUUACAGGUGAUGGUGUCAACGAUGCUCCUGCUUUGAAAGCCGCCGAUGUUGGUGUUGCAGUCGUUAGUGGUAGCGAUGUUGCCAUUGAAGCUGCUGAUUUGGUUCUACUUGGAGGCUUCGACUCUAUUACCGAAGCUAUUCGUCUUGGUCGACUUGUGUUCCAGAACUUGCAAAAAGUUAUUGGCUAUCUUCUUCCCGCUGGUUCAUGGUCCGAAAUCUGGCCAGUCUUGGUUAAUGCUUUCGCUGGUACACCUCUUCCUCUAAGCUCUUUCCUAAUGAUUAUUAUUUGCUGCUUUACGGACUUAUUCCCGUGCUUAGCACUGAUUAUGGAACGCGAAGAAUUUGACUUGUUGUCCCAAAAACCUCGUAACCCAAAGCGUGAUCACCUGAUCAACUUCAAGAUAUACCUUCAAUCAUAUAUAUUCAUGGGAUCUAUGCAAACUAUUUGUUCACUCUCCAUGUUCUUCCUAUUUAUGAAGGAGCAUACUGGUCUUACCUGGUACGACUGGGUUGGCACAUACAGUAGUGGACCUUGGGGCCCUGAAGACAAUCAAACAUGGGGAUGGGAUUCUACAGGAAACCCUUUGACGUCUGAUCAGUUUACUACUAUCAGCUUCAGUGGUCAGUGCGUUACCUUUGUCACCUUGGUCAUCUUACAGUGGGGCAACAUUCUAUCCAUUCGCAAUCGAAAGCUGUCUAUACUUCAGGCGGAUCCUAUUCGUCCUGCUCGUAGAAACCUUUGGUUAUUCGUCGGAAUGACUUGUUCUUUGAUUGUCGCCAUUAUUGUCACUGAAGUUCCUUGGAUCCAAAAUACUUUACUAACUGGUUCUGUACCCAUCAAACAUUGGUUCCUUCCUUUCCCUCUGGCUCUGGGUAUCCUUAUGAUGGAUGAAAUCCGCAAAUUAUUAGUUCGCUCCUUCCCUAACAGCAUCAUUGCCAAGCUGGCCUGGUAACCAACUGCACAUACGCAUUUUCACAAUAGACACCUCCACCUACUACAUAACCAUCACUAGCAAGCUUCUAACCUUUUCGAUGCUUAUCGAAUUUGAAUAAUCAUACAUCCAUUUCAAUCAUUUAUCCCCCCAUGAUAAUAAAUGUAAAAAGCUUUGAAUGCAUAUAA